UUUUAUUCUUCGGUUGAUGCAUCAUCAAGCAUCAACCACUUCGCUCAAUAAUUGCAGACUGAGAUACAUAGUUCUAUGCAUCACGACUAAUCACGAGAAGAAAAAAACUGAGGGCGAAUAACAAUAAUUUUCCAGCCAAACACGCAAAUAACAACCCAACUAGUCAUAUUUCUUGCCCGGUGGAGAGAUGGGUGAAAUAUUACGUGCAGAAGAUGACCAAUUCGGUCUUGGUCUUAUCGAGUUGAAAGGACGGAUAAAAGAGCACGAUCAGAUCGAACCAUUCAGUGAUAUUUUAGAUGAUAAUUUCUUAACUGGGUUUCUCCGUGGGAAGAAAGGCGACGUGGAUAAGACGGUGACUUGUCUAGAACAUUACAUAAAAAUGAGGACUGUAAAAUACAAGAAUUUUACAAAAGCUUACCGUCCAUCCUCUGUGAACAUGUUGGAUAAGGGUGUCUUUCAGAUCUUGAAGCAUCCCGAUCCGUCUGGAAGGGUUAUAUUAUUAGCGCAAAUUAAUAAUUGGUUCCCGUCCGAAGUUCCUUUCGACGAAGCGAUCGCCACCGCCCUUUUCAUAAUGGACGAAGGGAUCCGAUCCUAUUUCUCGGUGGGAAACGAAGUCGCCGGGAUUUUUGACUGUGCCGGAUUCUGUUUCGCCCAGAUGAGAACGAUGACGCCGAGAAAUAUGAUCCUCCUGCUGGACAUGUUCAUGAAAAAUAUUCCCAGUCGGCCGAAAGCAAUUCAUUUUGUUAAUCACGGGUUCUUAAUUCAUAACCUGUACCGUGUGAUAAACCCUCUUUUGGAGAAGAAAAUUAGAGAACGGGUCCACUUCCAUUCCGACGUGGACCAUUUACAUCAUCACAUUCCUGCCAAAAUUCUACCAAACUCUCUCAACGGCGAAUUAUCCUUGGAGGACGCAGUCGAUUUAAGUGUCGUUCCCGAAAUCCGCAGUAACGAUGACUUUUAUGAAAGACUAUCCAGCCAACUUGACAAUGCAACUCGUCACGGGAACAAAUCCCUAUCCUCAUCGUCACCUCGUAGAUGACUGCACUCCAAUUUUUAGCUAAUUAGUGCGUCAGGUCCCAUCUUGCAGUAAAUUAUCCUACUAAUCUAUAUUAUAAGCUGGAAAUGUUUGUCGGCAACGAAAGUGAAAGUUAUUUUCCGUGACGGAAGUGAAAGCAGGGAAAGUUAAAUUUCGAACAGCGCGAAAAUUCAAAAAUUUUAAUUUUAAACCUAAAUAUGAGAAGAUGUGGUUAUGGGGUCGUUGAUGCCUUAUGGUGGUUAUACAUGGCAGCCUAAUAGUGGUUAUCGUGUUGUGGGGGCCUGGUGAUGGUUAUGUUAGGAGUGGAUAUCUUGAGGGCUUUCUGAUGGUGGUUGUCUUGCAAGUAGUUAUCUAGUGGUUGUUAUCGGGGUGUGGCGGCCUGGUGGCGGUCAUGUUGGCAGUGGUUAUCUGAUUUUGGUUAUCUUGGGGGCUUUCUGAUGAUGGUUAUCUGGUGGUGGUUAUCAGGGUGUGGCUGUCUCACGGUGGUCAUCUGGGAGUAGUUAUUUGAUGGAUUGUCGUUUGGGUGUGGUUGCCAAUGCAGAUCAUUGCCAAUGGCGGACUACGCUGGUAAAGCUGGCAGAGCCAAGUGGGUGCCAAACAAACUGCCAGUGGCACUGCCAUUGCCAAUGGCAGACUAGGCUGGUAAAGAUGGCAGAGCCAAGUGGGUGUCAGACAAACUGCCAGUGGCACUGUCAUUGGCUCUGGCAGAGAUGACUGAGCCAAAUGGGUGACAUUUAAUUUCCCACUUUAACUUUCGUUGCAAAUUACUUUCACUUCCGUGGGCGUCAAAUUGUUUUUUAAACAAAUAUCUACAACAAAUUUAAAUCGUGAAAUUUUGAUAAUCUAAUCAUCUCUCGCCCGGCGGGAGACGGGCUUAUACGCUAGUUAUGUAUAUGUGUAAAUAAAUACUAUGUAACCGGUGAACAAUUCACCAAUAAAUUUAUUAGCGACAACGCAA